GCCUGACACUUCCCCCUUUUCAAGCUGUUGCGCAGCCUGGACAGUCGCAAAAAUGACGAGCGCGGACCCGCUGAAAACGGUCAUUUCCAUCGGGAAUGUGGACGACACGUCUCUGGCCCUGCCGUCCUUGAACCAGUACCGGUCCGGACAGCAGCGCGUCAUGGAGCAAGUGCGGACCAUCCGCAGGACCAAGUCCCGGCCGUCCAGCAGCAGGAGCGCAUCCGGCGCGUCCGCGUCUCUGUCCCCCACAAGCCCUUCGUACGAUCCUGUGUUCCUAGAGAAGUCAAGCACAUCAAAUGGAAAUGUCUUCUUCGUCAAUGGAGUCUCUAAAAAUUUCGGCGUAGAUAAGACUGUUUCCCGACCGAUAGUCAACAACUCCCAACGAUCCAGUGUGAGCAGACACUCGACCUACUACCAUGAGAGGGAUUACGCUCCUUUCACCUCAUGUGCGGUUGCUCAGAACCGCAGCAGCCGCAGCGAGCCUGAUCUGGGGUGGCGCUUCUCCGUACCACAGCCUUCUCUCCCACCACAGAGAAUCGUCUCCAAUCAGGAGACCUACCUGAAGAAAAGGAGCACCAGUCAGUUCAUAACAAACACCAUGUCCAAGCCUCAGGUGCCUGUUGCAAAUGGCUCCAAUCUGACCAAAUCCAACAGCCAGUUCUUAUGCAGUCGAGCCGACAGGAGCAAAACAAGCUCCAGGCCUUCCAUCACCGAGGCAACGCCCAAGACCGGGAUAAAUGGAAACGGUGGAGUCACUGAUAUCACUAUGAAGGAGGCUGUGGAGUUUCUUUCCAGCGAGGAUGAGAAAUAUCAGUUCUGUGGAGCUUCGUACAUCCAACACAACACGUUCCUUCAGGACAAAGCAAAAGAGGAGGUGUUGCAGUUAAAUGGCAUCCCGCCGCUGGUGGCUCUGCUUCACGCCUCCAGCUCCCAGGUCAGCCAAACAGCCACCGCUGCCCUCCGGAACCUGGCCUUUAAAAACGACAAAAACAAAGAGGAGAUACGUCGCUGUGGGGGCAUUACAGAAGCUGUGGCUCAGCUCAGAGAUUCCGACUCUUUGGAGCUGCACAAACAGCUUACAGGUCUUUUGUGGAAUUUGUCCUCUGCAGACAACCUGAGGCCGGACCUGUUGAAGAUCGCUCUGCCAGCGUUGGUGGAGCGUGUAAUCCUGCCUUACACAGCGACUCCUAAGCGGAGCAACGAUAAAAGCAGAGACCCCGAUGUCUUCUUUCACACCACAGGAUGUCUUAAAAACCUCAGCAGUGCAAAACAAAGCAGCCGACAGGCGAUGAGGAAAUGCCGGGGCUUGGUCGACUCUUUAGUCAGUUACAUCAAAGACCGGGUGGAUGCAGAAAAACCUGAUGAUGAGUCUGUGGAAAACUGCAUGUGCAUCCUGCACAACCUCACGUUCCAGCUGGAGGCCGAGGCUCCGGCGCUAUUCAGCAGAAUCACGGCUCUGGCCAAGACGGUUAUCAAGAACCAGGGUGAAAGCAACGCCAGUCCCGUCGGCUGCUUCAGUGCACAGAGCAAAGUCUCAGAGACUGAGCGUCACUUUGACUUCCCGGUUGUGGAAGACCCACAUCCCACCGGGGCCGGCUGGUUGAUCCACUCCAAAACGCUGCAGAGUUACCUGUCGCUGCUCGGCUCCAGCCAGCGAGAAGAAACACAGGAAGUCUGCUGUGGGACGCUGCUGAAUCUCACCGCACACGAAGGCAUUGUCCCCAGUGUAAUGAGCCAGAUCAUUGUUCAGAAACUGAAUGGCCUGCCCGUCAUCACCCCGCUUAUAAAGUCAGACAAAGUCAACUUGCAGAAGAGCGCUGUGGGAUUGCUCGGAAACUUGACUAAGAACCCGAACCUGCACAGUGCAAUUGCUCGAAAAUCCCUCCCACCGUUGCUUGGCCUCCUCGGCGAAGGCACAAAGGAAGGGAAUGAGUCAGAUGACACCCUGGCCAUGGCGUGCCAGUCCGCCAGCUCUCUGCUUAUGAAGGAGCCCGAGAUGAGCAAGACGUUGUUGACCAACAAUCUCGUAAAAUCACUGAAUGACCUCAGCCAAAACAUAUAUUUCCCCAAAUCCCGCAAAGCUGCAGCCCUUCUUCUCUACAAAAUCUGGUCAGACAAAGAUUUACAAAGCUUUCUAAAAAAGCAAGGGAUGAACAAGUCCUCAUUCGUCAAUGACAUUACCGUGGCGGCACAGCGGUCGGCUCAAGUGGUUGAGUAACACCACAAGCUAAUGGACCUCUGACAGUUUGCCCUGAAGUAACACUCCUGCUCAGCUCCUGCACAUCCAAAGGAAACAUCGUGGCUGACCAGCUUCCUCUUCCAUUUCACAAACAUAACUCAGAUGUUUAUCUAUAAUCUAUAAACCCUAUAUAUCUUUCGCAUUCGUCUGCUUCUUUAUCAUUGUUUUCAUAGGGAAGAGGGUGAUGGUUACGUGGCAGUAAUAGCAUACGUUAGUUUUAGUUUUGACACUAAUGUUUUUUAUUGUAAUUUUGGUUUUCAAAUUGAGCUUCUAGUAUUACAUAAAAGCACACAUGGGUUGUAUUUUGCACUGAAAUACAGUAUCAUUUAAUAACAGUUUAAAAUCAAGUUUUCGUGAAGAAUGAACCUUCAGAAAAAAAGGUUCUCUGUUGACGUCUUAAGUAGCAAAGCAUUAUUUUUUUGAUUACCGUUUUGUAAAGAAACAUUUUGUCGGUGGCAUCUGUAUUUUCUAAUCAUGUGCAAUCUUGAAAUCUGUUGUCAAAAAUUGUAGCAAUAAAGUCGGUAGACAUCUUUGAGUUGAAAAGGUGAAGAAA